UCCAUUUCAAGACCCAGUGGCCAGUCACUAGGGUUUAUAAUUCAAGCUCCUUUAUAACUCCCACUGUCUUUCAAACCCUAUUAGCCGUCCCCCCCUCCCCUCCAACAGAUCAAGCUCCAACAAUGGCCUAUGCGAAGGCUCAGAAAUCUAGGGCUUACUCCAAGAGGUUUCAAGUCAAGUUUAAGAGAAGAAGAGAGGGGAAGACUGACUACAGGGCUAGGAUUCGACUGAUUAAUCAGGACAAGAACAAGUACAAUACGCCCAAGUAUCGAUUUGUUGUCCGAUUUAGCAACAAGGACAUUGUUGCACAAAUAACAUCAGCUAGCAUUACUGGAGACACUGUCCUUGCUUCUGCUUAUGCUCAUGAACUUCCUCGAUAUGGGCUUGAAGUUGGUCUUACAAACUAUGCAGCAGCUUACUGUACUGGACUUCUCUUGGCUCGCCGCGUGUUGAAAAUGCUUGAGAUGGAUGAGGAAUAUGAGGGCAAUGUUGAGGCCACUGGCGAGGAUUUCUCAGUUGAACCAGCUGACACCAGGAGGCCAUUUCGUGCCCUACUUGAUGUUGGGUUAGUCAGAACUACAACUGGAAAUCGUGUCUUUGGUGCUCUCAAGGGAGCUCUUGAUGGUGGUUUGGAUAUUCCUCACAGUGAAAAGAGGUUUGCUGGCUUUGGAAAGGACAAUAAGCAGCUUGAUGCUGAAGUUCACCGGAAAUAUAUUUAUGGUGGACAUGUUGCAGCAUACAUGAGGACUUUGAUGGAGGAUGAACCUGAAAAAUACCAGUCUCACUUUAGUGAGUACCUCAAGAGAGGAAUUGAUGCUGAUUGUAUGGAGGCAUUGUACAAGAAGGUUCAUGCUGCUAUUCGUGCAGAUCCAACAACCAAGAAAUCAGAGAAGCAGCCACCCAAGGAGCACAAGAGGUAUAACUUGAAGAAGCUAACCUACGAGGAAAGGAAAGAGAAGUUGGUUGAGCGAUUGAAUACCUUCAACUCAGCUGCUGAUGAUGAAGAUGACGAGUGAAAACAUUCACCCAUCAAUUAAGCUCCGAUGUCGAUUUCCUGCGGCAGUCUACUAUGAAUUGUUACUUGAAAUCUAGUUAUGUCUUUAAAGUUAAUUCUGUUUAUUGCAGCCUUUUGUGUCGCCUGAAGUACAACAACCUUCUCAGUUUACAAGAUCUUGAAAUUUUUAGCUUGAUAUGGAAUGCAUUUUCAAUUUUGACAGUGCAUUUUAAUACAUUGCUUUGGCU